AAAAAAAACAAACGGCGGGACUGUGACUGUGUAAGUAUUGAUGUGUGCCAUCAGAGAAAAAAUUCUUAAUAGAACUGUAAUGAGAAAGUAACAAAUUCCAUAGAUCAAAACUCAAAAAGCCAUGAAAUCCAGCAUGUAAAGAUCAGAAAAUCACAAAGAUGAGCCACAAAAGUUGAACAAAACAGUAUCACCGCUUACCUAAACAGUCAAAAUUCAGACGCAAUCAAAAAUGCUAAUUCCUUCAUCAGAAAUCGCAAUUCAGGUAGCUUUUCUACUUCUAACCCUAGCAAUCUUCCUCAUCAUCUACAAUCUUCCAAAAAAAGCCUUCUCGAAGCUUCGAUCCAACACCCGCGCCAACUCUCAAUCAAGCCGCCACUUCCUCAACGGCGCGCAGCUUCUUAGCCGCGCCAGAUCCACUAACAACCGCGCCACAGCCGAAUCCUUAGCUAAAGACGCCGUUACUCAAGCCGAUAUGGCUCUCUCUCUCCUCCCUCGCGACGGCGCCGCGCUGAUUCUCCGAGCUUUAGCGCUCGACGUUCUCGGCCGCCGAUCCUCGGCGCUGCGAUCGCUUGACGCCGCGCUUGCGCCGCCGGCUGCGAGGACGUUGUCGGGGAGAGAGAGAGGAGAUGCGCUGGUGAAGCGAGCCGAGUUACAGUUGAGUGUGAAUCGGAGGAGAAGAGUUGACUCGGCUUUGUUGGACCUGGUUGAAGCGGUGAGUUUGACUCGGGAUAAUUUUAAGGGCUUUUGUUUAUUGGGCCAGUGUUAUGAGAUUAAAGGGAUGAAAGAUGAGGCUUGUGAGGCUUUUACUGAGGCCUUGAAAAUUGAGCCUGGGUCCACUUUGGCUCGAGAAGGUUUGGACCGAUUGAAGUCUUGAAAAUACUAUCUAUGUUUAUUUGGCCUUUUUUGUUGGACCAGAAUUUUACGGGUAAAAGUCUGUACAGUAUUGUACUACUAAUUUUGUUGGAUUUGCAAGGAUAUGAUAUGUGGUAUCUGUCUUUUUUUUUGUGUU